AUGAAAUUAAACAGUUGGAAGAAAAUUUCCGAAGAACUUCAAAUGUCGGUGAAAGAUUGCCAGAGAAUUUGGAUGAAUUUACGAAACAAGUAUGGAAGGGAGAAGAAAGCGUUGCCUUCUGGUUCCGGAGCUCCUGUUACCCCACAAUGGGAGUACUUCGAUUCAUUGUCAUUUCUUAAUAAAUACAUUAAGCCCAGAAAUACACAUACAACAACAGAAGAUGUAAAAACAAUGACAGCCCCAAAUCAACAUGCUCCACCUUUACAGUCACCAGUUUUUGACUCAUCAAGCUGCUCCAGUGCAUGGUCAAAUUCUACGAUGGUUGAAAGCACCUUAGACUGUCCGACACAGGAUUAUAAUAUGCAAAUGUCUCCACAUUCAAUGUAUGAGGAAAAUAUUAUUAUCCAGAUGGAAGAGACAGAGGAUGAAAGAGUCACUGUAAAUUCAGAAAAGGCGCAGGUUGCUGAUAAAGAAAAAAAUAAAAAAAGAAAAAACUUAAAUGGACCUGAGCCAUCUCUUCAGAUAAUUGAUGCUGCUAAGUCCAUCACUCAACAUUUACAACAUCUGACUGGACAGAAGAGACAGCCAAAAACUUCAGCAGAUACAUUGGGAGAGUACAUUGCUAGUGUUUUAAAAGAAAUGACUCCUGAGCAACAAAAACACAAAAGACGGAGACUUCUUGAAGUUUUAGAAGAUGAUGAUUAA